AAAAGAAUUUGACAUAUAAAGCCAAUGGCAGAUGCAUUACGCGUCGAAAUUUAUGAGACGUUUUUUUAAUAUAUUUUAAACAGUAAGGUGAUUUUUUUUUCUAGCUUUAGAUGGACUCGUUACCGGCAGCUGAGGUGGUGCUGUACAGCAUUAUUGCAUUAAUAAUUGUAGAAAAUCUUUUUGAAGUUUAUUUAUCUUGGCGACAGGUACGAGUAUUUAAGACUGCCUUGGAAGUUCCCAAAGAACUCAAAGGUUAUAUGAAUGAUGACACAUUCCAAAAGUCACGAUUAUAUGGUCUCGAUCGAGAAGUUUUCAGCAUUUACAAAACAAUAUUGUUUGAUAUUAUUAUUGUUUGUUUAGAAAUAUAUUUUGGUUUUAUAGCAUUCGCUUGGAAAAAAUCGGAAGCGAUAGUUCAAUACUUUAACCUUAAUGCCGAAAAUGAAAUUAUCGUUAGCGUUAUAUUUGUAGUGCUUACUAGUAUAUUAAGCAUUUAUAAGGAGAUCCCUUUAAAAGUUUAUAAAACAUUUGUUUUGGAAGCGAAACAUGGGUUUAACAAGCAAACACCCGGAUUUUUCAUAUGGGAUCAAUGCAAAGGAUUUAUUGUAUCACAAAUUCUGAUGACACCAAUAACAGCGGCAAUUAUAUACAUCGUACAAAUCGGUGGUGAUCAUUUCUUCAUAUGGUUAUGGGCAUUUGCUGGAGCGAUUUCAUUAUUACUAUUGACCAUAUACCCAAUAUUUAUUGCACCUCUUUUUGACAAAUACACACCAUUAGAAGAAGGACCACUUCGUCAAUCAAUUGAAGAUUUAGCUGCUAAGCUCAAAUUUCCACUUACCAAAUUAUAUGUUGUUGAGGGUUCUAAGCGUUCAUCCCAUAGCAAUGCUUAUUUUUAUGGUCUAUGGAAUUCUAAACGUAUUGUACUUUUCGAUACUUUACUAUUGAAUAAAGGUAAACCGGAUGACUCUGAGUUGUCAGAAGAUGAAAAAGGAAAAGGUUGUACUAACGAAGAGGUGUUAGCCGUACUUGGACAUGAAUUGGGCCAUUGGAAAUUAGGACAUGUGACCAAAAAUAUCAUAAUAAUGCAAGCCCAUUUAUUAUUGAUAAUAUUUAUAUUUGGUUAUUGCUUUAAAUAUCCACCAUUUUAUGAAGCCUUGGGUUUCGAACCAGGAACUCGUCCUAUAUUGGUAGGACUUCUUGUUGUAUUCUCAUAUGUUUUAGCGCCAUAUAAUGCUAUUGUUAGUUUUGGAAUGACAGUGCUUUCAAGACGUUUCGAAUAUCAAGCUGAUGAAUUUGGUCAGAAAUUGGGAUAUGCCGAUCAACUCGGACGCGCCCUCAUAAAGUUGAAUUUAGAUAAUUUAGGCUUUCCAAUUCACGAUUGGUUGUAUUCGUCGUGGAAUCAUUCACAUCCGACUUUAUUACAACGUCUAGCACGUCUUAAAGAACUUGAAGCAAAUAAUAAGCACAAGAAAACGAAUUAAAUAUAUUUUUAUUUAUUUUGUACUGUCAUUUAAAACGCAUGAAUAAGUUUAUAUGACGGAAAUGCAGUGAAAAAACCAAAAGCUUAAACAGUCACAUAUUAUGCAGACAAUUGUAUAUUUAUUUUAUUCUAUUUUAUUUUUAUAUUAAAAUAAAAAUUUUAUCAUAA